CAUUCCAGGAGCCGGAGCUGCUGAUUAAGGUGAUCAAGAUGACAACUUCCCAAAAGCACUGAGAUUUCAUUGCAGAGCCCAUGGGGGGAAAGCCAGUGGGGAACCUGGCCGGGAUUGGUGAAGCCUUGGGCAAGAAGCUGGAGGAAAGGGGCUUUGACAAGGCCUCUGUGUUCCUUGGCCAGUUUCUGGUGCUAAAGAAAGAUGAAGAUCUCUCCCGGGAAUGGCUGAAGGACACAUGUGGUGCCAAUGCCAAGCAGUCCCGGGACUGCUUUUGGUGUCUUCAAGAGUGGCACGACGCCUUCUUGUGAGGCUCCCUUCGGUAGCCCCCAGCCCCUAGCCCCAGCACAGAGUCUCCAGAGUUUGCAGCCACGUGGGGACUCCUCCCUGUCCUAUACAAAGGAAGAGAUUGCUGUUGUUGUACUCCUUCGGAUGUACUUCAAGGUCUUUUGGGAGUUGUCUCCCCUCAUCAUUUCAACUUUUUAAAAAUUCCUGCUCUUGAAUGCAUCUCCCUUCUUCUUCCCCUGCCAGUUUCAUGUCAACAAUUAUCAGCUUUUCCAAGUGGAUUUCUGGCCCUUCCCUCACCCCCACCCCCACUGGUCUGUUUUAUCUAUUUGGCUCCUUUUUUGGCAGAGUAGUCACUGUCCUUGCAAAGUUUUUUUUUUAAAUCAGUAAG